CAAAAACAUAUUUUUCCUUAUUGAGAAAUGGAAAAUUUCUCAAAUUAUUUACAUCUCAAGUGUCAUCUUUUCCACGAUGGUGUGUUCUUGGGUGACUACAUGAAGUUCUUUAAUCUUCUACAUCUCUACACAAAACUUAUAGGUCAAAUCCAUAUUGAGUUCCUUAAAAAGAUAGAUGAUCAUAGUUUAUGAUUUCAACACAAACAAGGCAAAAAGUAAUUAAUGUUAUUACGUGAAUUCAAUGAGUUCCUCAAAAAGAUUAUAUGACAAAGCAUGCUGACCUUUCCUUCCCUCCUUUUUUGGAAAGGUUAUUAUGGCACGAAUCAGUAAUAAAAGCACAUAAAUUUAAAUAAAUAUAUCAUCCAUCCUUAUAAGUUUCAACAAUGCAAAAAGAAAAUAAUAACCAUAAUAUUUUAAUGUUGAGUGAGAAUUGAUGGAGAGUGAAGCAGCUUUGCAGCGUGGUCGCGGCGGAUGGAUCACCUUUCCUUUCAUCAUAGGUUUCUCUUCUUGUCUCUUUCAGACAACAAACACACACUACUUCCACUCAUAAGCUUAACACAACUAUUGCAUCUUUUUUUUUUUUUUUGUGGGCUAAUAUUUGUGGAAAAUGAAAACAGCGACAAUGGCUGGGUUGUCACUGUCAUCAGGAUUGAUAGUGAACCUUAUAACAUUCUUGAAAGAUGAGUUCCACUUUGAAGACACAGAUGCUGCUAAGAUCACCAACUAUGUCAAUGGAAGCAUCACUUUCAUCCCUAUCGUUGCAGCUAUAAUCGCAGAUUCAUUUGCUGGCUGCUUCUCUGUCAUCUGCUUUUCCUCUCUCAUCUCUUUGCUGGUAUAUAUGUUUCUCUCGCUUAUAUUCUUGUGAAAAAAAAAGGAAGAAAGAAUUAAUGCAAUAUUAAUGCAGGGAGUAGUGCUACUUCAACUAAGUGCAGCAGUGAGCCAUUUGAGGCCUCCUAGCUGUGAAAAGGGAUCCUCCUUCUGCAAACAUCCCUCGCCUCCUCAAUCCGCACUUCUCUAUCUAGCCUUGGCUCUGCUCUCUCUAGGAAACGGGGGCACGCGUUUCACUCUUGCAUCCAUGGGAGCAGAUCAGCUAGACACCACAAGGCAGCAAGGGAUAUUCUUCAACUGGCACAUUUUCACAAUCUAUGUGGCCAAUUUCGUGAGCGCCACCAUCUUAGUAUACGUGGAGGAGAAUGUGAGCUGGGCCUGGGGUUUCACCAUCUUCGCCCUGGCCAAUGUGUUUGGCUUGCUAGUUUUCCUAUGUGGCACCAGAUUCUAUCGCUUUCUAACGCCUAAGGGUAGCCCCUUCAAGGCCUUGGCCUGCGUAGUUGUUGCAGCCGCCAAGAAGAGGAAGAUGCCUCUCUCACAAGAAACUGGAGACUAUCAUCAUGGUUUGCAGACACUGGCUGAGGCUCCCACACCAUUUUUCAAGUUCUUGAACCGGGCAGCGCUGAAGAGUCUAGAAGAGUCUGGAACAGAAGGUUUCGUGAUAAGUCCAUGGAGAUUAUGCACAGUGCAACAAGUUGAAGAUCUGAAGAGGAUAAUCAAGAUUAUGCCAAUAUGGUUGAGUGGUUAUAUCUUGUCUAUCCCUAUAGCAGUGCAGAUGAGUUUCAUGAUCAUACAGGGGAAAACCAUGGACAAUCACCUAAACUCUCAUUUCAACAUCCCAGCUGCUUCAAUCCAAGUAUGUGCGCUCAUCUCAACUUGUGUCACAAUAUUGUUACUAGAUCGCCUCGUGUUCCCACUCUGGGUAAAGCUCGCUCCUGCUAGGCCUCCCACGCCCCUGCAGCGUGUUGGGAUUGGCCACGUCUUCACCAUACUCAGCAUGGUUGUUGCGGCACUUGUGGAGUGCAAGAGACUCAGCCUCGCCAGAUUGCAUAAUCUGCAAGAACAGGUCGAUGCAGUCGUUCCCAUGUCCUUGUUGUGGCAAGCACCACAACUAGCCCUUCUAGGAGUAUCCGAAGGGUUCCAUUUUGCCGGACAAGUUGCAUUUUGUUACCAAGAAUUCCCAACAUCGUUCAAGAGCACAGCAACCGCCGUUGUUGCUUUGACCAUCGCGGGGGCCUUCUAUUCGAGCAAUCUCGUCAUCGAUCUUGUCCGGAUGGCCACGGGAUGGUUGCCUAACAACAUAAACAAAGGGAGACUAGACAAUGUGUUUUGGUUGUGUAGUAUCAUGGGAGCAUUGAAUUUGGUGUUCUUUCUUGUCUGUGCAUCUUUCUACAAGUAUCAUAAAUCUUGAAAUGUUGAGGUUGAUCUAAGUCAUGUUGCAAUGAUUAGUUGAGCAAAA